UUUUGUGAUUGACAGAUUUCUUAACCUGAAUAAAUAAUUUUGACUUAAAAUAGUUCGGUUUACGGAGCAGAGUGACACUGUUUUCUUGUCAAAUCUUUAUUUUUACGCUAAAACGCAUCGAUUCAGUGCAUUUUUAUCAAAAUUUGAGGUGGAGGAGUUCUUAAUAUUUAUCGAAGGAAAUAUAAGUUUUUUCUUGGAAGAUGAACUUAAUUUACCGAUACGAAAGCGUAUGAAACUUGUUCUCUAUUUGUAUCACUGGAUAUUUAUUGAUUUGAGUAUAAUAUUUAUUAGCAAAAUGGAUAUUCUAAAAGCAGAAAUAAUGAAGAAACGUAAAGAGUUAGAAGAAAGUCACGUUUUAGAAAAUAAUAAGAAGUAUUUUAAAAGGAGUCAGUUGAUAUCGAAGCAACAGGAAGUAUAUGAAACAGAUAAGGGAAACAAUGAAGCUGUUUUGUUAAAUGUUAGUCAGCAGUCAGAAGAACAUGUAACAGAUAGUAGCUCCGAACAUUUACUGUCCAGGCAAGAAGUAAUUAGGCGAUUACGCGAACGGGGGGAGCCUAUAUUAUUGUUCAGUGAAUCUGAGGUAGAAGCGUUCAAAAGAUUAAGGAAAUGUGAAAUCCUUGAGCCAGAAGUGAAUAAGGGCUUCAGAAACGAUUUUCAAGAAGCUAUGGAACAAGUGGAUCAAGCAUAUCUCAAUGAGAUUUUAACAUCUUCCAAGUCCCAAAAUCUUGAUGGAAAAGGAGAUGUAAAUGUGCCUGACGAGAGUGUUACUUAUGAAGAUAUAGAAAAGAUGUCAACUAAACUGAAUAAAGGAGACAAGGAUUUUGAUAUGAAUGUUAUCACUCUGUUUGUACAAUAUUUAGUUCAAAUAUGGGGUAAUCAAUUAAACAGCCGGUCAGCUGCCGAAAAAAUGAGCACAAAAGGAAAGAUGAAUAGCGCCACGUAUGCUCAAACGAGAGAAUAUUUAAAACCACUUCUAAGAAAAUUGAACAACAAAUCUCUUCCGGAGGAUAUUACUGACAGUUUAACAGAAAUCGUUAAACAUUUGUUACAGCGUAACUAUAUAUUGGCUAGCGACGCCUAUUUGCAAAUGGCAAUAGGCAACUCUCCAUGGCCUAUUGGUGUAACUAUGGUUGGUAUUCAUGCUCGUACUGGUAGAGAAAAAAUCUUCUCUAAAAAUGUUGCUCAUGUCAUGAACGAUGAAACUCAGAGGAAGUAUAUUCAAGCACUCAAAAGAUUAAUGACUAAAUGCCAGGAAUACUAUCCUACAGAUCCUUCACGAUGUGUAGAGUAUUCAAAAGAUUAGAUUUUGAUGAAAAGUGUAUGUUUUUAAAAUAAAGAGCGCUAUAAUUUAAGCUUAUUUGUAAAUAUGU